UGACAGUAGGCUGUUGAACAGUUUAUUCGGGCUGUCGCGAACUCUGCUAUCGACAUGUCUUCAAACGGUGUAAUUUUAAUAUUGUGUACAGUGUUAAAUAUCUUAGUUAGUUCCAAUUCUCAGACGGUUCACAAACGUUUCGAAUAUAAAUACUCGUUCAAGCCACCGUAUUUGGCACAAAAAGAUGGAUCUGUGCCCUUCUGGGAAUACGGAGGAAAUGCAAUAGCGUCAGGCGAGAACGUCCGGCUCGCGCCUUCGCUGAGAAGUCAGAAGGGAGCGAUAUGGACGAAGCAUCCGAUCAACUUCGAUUGGUGGGAGGUGGACGUUAUGUUCAAGGUUACGGGCAGAGGUCGCAUUGGAGCUGAUGGUUUGGCCUUCUGGUACACAACGCAACGAGGCGACUACCAGGGUGAAGUGUUCGGUUCCUCGGACAAAUGGAACGGUCUCGGCCUCAUCUUCGACUCGUUCGACAACGACAAUAAACACAACAACCCCUACAUCAUGGCGGUGUUGAACGAUGGGACCAAGAGCUUCGACCACAAGAGCGACGGCAUGAACCAGCUUCUGUCAGGUUGUCUGCGCGACUUCCGUAACAAGCCCUUCCCGACGCGCGCUAGAAUCGAGUACUAUAUGAAUACUCUCACUGUCUACUUCCAUAAUGGUCUAACCAACAACGAGGCAGAUUAUGAAUUGUGUUUCCGUGCCGAGAACGUAAUGCUUCCCCGUGGAGGAUACUUUGGUCUCUCCGCAGCUACGGGAGGCCUGGCCGAUGAUCACGAUGUCAUACAUCUACUAACUUCAUCACUACAUUCAACUCAACAGGCUGGUGGUCCACAAAUAAGUAGCGACGAGCAACAGAAGCUGUCGCAAGAGUACCAGCAGUACCAGCAGAAGCUUGAGCAACAGAAAGAGGAGUACAGGAAGGAACAUCCCGAUGAGGCUAAUAAAGAUGAGUUCGAUGAUUGGUUCGAAUCAGACGGUCAGCGGGAGCUGAGACAGAUCUUCCAGAGCUUGGGGCAUGUUCAGGAUGUCAUGAGGGACCUUCACAAGAAAGUUGACGAGGUUAUCGGCAAGCAAUCAAACUCGCUAUCAAUGCUGACAGCGCUGUACAGCAGUAGUCAGGGACAACCUUUGCAACCCGUGCAGCCCGGUCAAGUUCCACAGAUGCCAGCCCUCCCCAUCAGUCGGCAGGACUGGGACACGCUCGCGACUAAUAACCAGAUCAUCAUCAACACCAUCGCUGAACUCAAGGGCUACAUUAUCGACGUGUCUCGUAAAUCCGACACGUUACUCGCGUCUGGAGGCGCGGGUGCGGCUGCAAGCCCACAGCUGGUCAACGAAAUGAGAGAUGGGUUGAAUCAAGUAAAGCAGAAUGUCGCUAGCGUUGCACAGAGGCUACAGGCAGCGCCACAGGUAGUGGCACAGCCCGCCUGCCCACAAAUAUCGUGCGUGUCGACCACCAUGCUACUCAUGGUGGUAGCCACACAGCUAGUGAUCAUGUUCUUUUACGCGAUGUACAAGGAAAGAAAAGAAGCACAAGCGAAGAAAUUCUUUUAAGUGAGUGUGUGUGUGUGUAUAUAUCCUACUUACGUACUGAGUGCGAGAAUGAAAAAUAUUACAAAAGUAAGGUUCACAACGGAAUGUAUCAAAAAUGAUUACAAAUGAGAAAUUGUAAUUUUUAGCUAAUAUUAUUUAAUAGUAAAGAGUUUUUAUAAAUAAAA